CCUUUCCCCUUCCGCACUCGAUCAUGACCCCCUCCCCUCCUCCCUUCCAUUUCCACCCUCUCAAAUCCUCUACCAUGCCCAUGAAACUUCUCCGAACCGACCCGCCCGAAUACUCCGCCGGCGGCCGCCCAAGAACCCAAGCCCUCCUCCGCCCUCACCGUCGAACCAACCCUUUUAUCUGGUUCGCCGCCUUCCUCUGCGUCAUCCUCAUCGUCCUCCUCAUUGCCGCCGGCAUACUCACUCUCAUCAUUUUCCUCAUCAUUAAGCCCCGCAACCCUUCCUUUGACACCACCUCAGCAACCCUAAACGCCAUCUAUCUCGAUUCCUCCGCUUACCUCAACGCCGACCUCACUUUCCUUGCCAAUUUCUCAAACCCUAACACCAAGAUCGACGUCGUCUUCGAGUAUGCGAGCAUCGAGCUCUAUUUCCUCAACCGCCUCGUCUCCGCGCAGCUGCUGCCACCCUUCGUUCAGAGGAGGGGGGAGGCGAAGCUCCAGGCCGUGCAUAUGAUUUCGAGCCAGGUUUACCUGCCUCCGGAGAUUGCGUUGGAGCUUGUGACACAGGUGAGGACCAAUAGGGUUUUUUAUAGCGUGAGGGGGACCUUUAGAGUUAGGGCGAUAUUUGGCGUUGGCCACUUUUCCUAUUGGUUGUAUGGACGGUGCCAGAUCGAGCUCACGAGUCCUCCCAGUGGAGUUUUGGUGGCGAGGAGUUGCAGAACGAAGAGGUGACGGUGAGUUCUCUGAGUUGGGAACGGUUUGAUCUCUGGUUUUCUCUGUUACUUUAAUGUUUUGGAAAUUUCUUGACUGGCAUUUUAAUGGAGCGAUUGCAGACCUUUAUUUGAUCCUGCGAUCGAUUGGAGGAAUGGGAAUAUGCUAUUUUUCCUGUUUUUGAGUUUGCUUUUAAUGAAUAAUGGAAUUAGGAGAUGAGAUUAUUUGGAGUUUGGGAGUUCGUAGUUUAAUUUACGAGUUUUUUAAGAGAAUUUGGAGAGAUGGGAAAGAAGAAAGAAAAGAAAAGAAAAGAACGAUUCUGAAGCUUCUUCAAACUUUUGGUUUUUCAAUGCUUAAGCACGAAGGAUUUCGAACUGGCAAAGUUUUUUGGAUUAUGAGAUCAAAUUUUUUUUAAUAUAUUUUGAAAUUACUGCUAUAUUAUUUAUGCAUGUAUUAUGCUAAUCUAAGCUAAUUUUGCAUCAAAAUAUCAUAAUAUAAAAUUCAUUUUUUUA